CUGUUAACGUUAACUACUGGUAUAUCUCGAUCUCAUAUUGACAGAUUUCCCAGUGACAUACAUUUAUUUGGUGGAGCCUCGACGUCAUCCACCAAAGCCACUGGUCAAUUAGUAGUCUCGAACUUCCCAAAAUCCCACCUCUGGCAGACACUUACAGGCGAUAAAUAAUCUCCAGACAGAACCAGGCAGACGAAUUCCCCCCUCCCCCCCUCCACACGGUUCUGUACGGGUUCCUGCCUGUGUUCUGUUCUGGUCUGGGUUCCUGAGUUAACCCGAUCUUUCGUUCCUGUCUAUCUCUUUUCCCUCCCCUCCCCUCCCCUCCAUUCUUAUCCAGACGAUGCAGAGCAACCCCUCACAACAUGAGGGUGUCGUCACCACCGCCCCACCAGGACACAAGGCAGCACCGCCGUCAGGACAGAUUCUCACAGGGAAGCAAGAGCAUUACCUCAAACGCGAGCUGAUCAGCCGCCAAGUCACCAGCGAGAUCACCGAGCUCAGCUCCCCCACGGCCCUGCACCGGUUUGGGGCUCCCUUCAAGUCAGAGUUCGGCGAGGUGGCUCCCAUCGAUUCAGAUCUGCCGAUUCUACGCUAUAUUUUCGUGCAUCAUGUGCGACAGUUUCCCUUUCUCGACCAGGCGAGGGAGAAGGAGUUUUGGCAGGAUAAAUUGCAGGUGUUCCUCGAGUCUUUUGCCAAUAAGCACGUCUCCUCGUCUGAAGACCGUCUCGAAGAAACUAAGCGGAGGAAGUUGGCGCGGAAAUGUGAGAAACUCGUCGAGCUGAUGAUGGUCUCGGGCAUCCCGACCGCCUCGGGCUACGAGGAGCGCAUCCAGUUCGCCGAGAUGGAGGUUGUCGACCGCGGGGCUAACGAGAAGGGCCUGCUGGUUAAUAUGCCCGAGGGAAAUGCCAUCCAUGGCUGGGAUGUCAAUGUCGCGGCUGUGCGUACCACCUCGGUUAAGCGGACGGUCCGCUAUCACCAACAUGCAGAAUUCAUCAUCCGUGUACGGCGGGAAGGCCAGUCGGAUAUCUACGUCGGUAGACGGUACGGCGAGUUCGCCAAGUUGCAUAAGCGGUUACGCACCGAGUUCCCCGGCAAAAUCCUCCCCCCGCUGCCGAGGAAGAACAAGUCGUCGACGACUUCGGCCCUGUUUGGCUUUGCCGACGAUGAAGACGAUGUGUCGGUGUCGUCUGUCUCGACGCAGGGCGACUCGUAUGUCACCCGCACCUUGGCCCCCGGGAAACACCAUCAGCACCACCGGUCGCUGUCGCGCUCGUCUAUCGGGCGGAUCACCUCCCGGUCGCCCCGGGCAUCGGGCGAGAUGCCGCGAGACACGGUGCUGUAUCGCGAGGAGCAGCGCGUUUCCCUGCGGGCCUUCUUACGCACGCUGCUUCAGAACAAACGCCUGGCCGAGUCCAAGUCUAUGGCUGAGUUCCUAACCGCCAGACCCGUCACACUCAACGAGGAGGAGAAGGUCGACGUGCAGCGUCGUAAGGAUAUGGAUGCCAUUCGCAUCGAAGAGCAGAAACGCUUCUACGAGAUUGCCAGGCAGCGGGCCGCUGAGCUGGAUGUCUACAUGGAGCAGUUCCGCCGCGAGAUCGUCGAAAGCAAUGGUCUUACAAAGUUGUUCGCGGAGAUCCGCGAGAAGCACACCAUCCAAGAUCUGAGUCCGCAGUACCAAAAGUUUGCCGAAUGGCUGCGCAUCGAGGUCGCUGCUACCAUCUACCAUCUGUUCCUUGCAGAAGAUAACUCGCCCGAGCUCUUUGCUCAGGCCAAGCGGAUCCACUCGCUGGUGCCGUACACGCUGUUGAAGAACGUGAUUCGGGUUGCGAAUCCGGCUGCCGUCAUGUCCGGGGUGCUGGAUCUUUUCCUGGCGCAACCCUUUGGCUCGCGGUCCCUUCUGCAGCGCAUCUUCUCCAUGACGCUGAACGAUGGCAUCCGGGCGUUCCAAAAGUCCAUCGACUCCGUGGCCGCCAAGGUGGAAGACCCCGUGCUCACGGGGAAGCUCAAGGCAUUCACGGAUGCCGACGAGGAGGUCAAGAACGCGAUCCGGGCGGAAUCCGUUGCCGAAGAUGUAGACCUCAUCGUGGCUAUUCUGCGGUCGGAGCUACUGACGCCGGAGCUGACGCCCGAGCAGAUCGGCAAGGUGUUCAACUCGUGGGUGGCGUGGAACAACGCGGUGGAAAACGUGGACCUGGAGAUGAAGCAGGGGGCGCAGUGGUUUGCGCACAUGAAGCAGCUGCUGAAGCUGUACACGCGGCAGCGGGACAAGGCGAUGAUGCUGAGCAUCGUCGAGGAGCCCGUCACGCUGCAGCUGUUCCGCGACCUGUUCACCAUCUUCUACGAACCCCUGGUGCGCGUGUACAAGUCUGCCAACGUGUACAGCAGCAUCACGGACUUUGCGCAGUUUGCCGACGAUGCGAUCGGCGUCGUCGAGCGCGCCCAGCGCCAGGACGUCUCGGCCGACCCCAACCAGACCGUGCAGGCGUUCAUCGACCUGUGCGCGCGCCACGAGCAUAACUUCUACAAGUUCGUCCACGAGGUCCAUCUGCAUGACAACGGCCUGUUCGGCUCGCUCAUGUCCUGGCUCGAGGAUAUCCUCGAGUUCCUGCGCAAGGGUCCCCAGGGCGGCAAGCUGGACAUGAACGCUCUGUUCCAGGGCGCCGCUGCCGCAGGCCAGAUCGAUAAAGAGGCUGCCCUCGCGGAGAUCAACGCCCUGAUCAAGUGGCAGGAGGACCGGAAACGGUGGCAUCUCAACAAGACCCGCCAGAAGAUGGCCGCCGAGGGCACCGGUACCGAGAGCGUCCCGGGCAGUGCGACUUUCAAGGGCAGUGAUUUUGGCCUAGACGAGGCCGACCUGGAAGACCUUGCCAUCUCGGACGAGGAAUCCGAUGCUGAAGAUGAAGACGAGGAAGACGACGAUUUGGACCCAAUCGCUGCCGAACGUCGCCGACGCAGCAAGCGGCAGGACCAGCUGCGCCGCACAGCCGGUGAACCUGUGAAGCCGGAGGUGAAGGAGGUGAUUAAGCUGGGCGACUCAUUUGGGGUCAUGCUGCGGCUUACAACUGCGGUAUUCUUACUACGGAUUUAUACCUGCCAGCAACCGACAGGGAGACGAUGUGAGUUCUUCCUGUGGAAGAGCGACGCAGAGGCGCGGGAGAAGCUGGUGUUGCUGUCCAACUCGCGCUCGGAGGAGCACAUGACCACCCCCCGAAGAACUCCUCGAGGGUCAACUGCAACCGGUUUACUCACGCCCACCACCGAUCGGCGAGUCUUGCACGGCUCGACAACGCCCUCGAAGAGUGUGAAGAGUGCGACGAGUGCAAGGGAAACGAUGAUGCUGGAAGAUACGGAUCCGGCGUGGUGGGAGGACAGCACCGACGACGACGUUAGGAGCCGUCCGCUCCAGCAGCCAGAGUUCCGCAGCGAGUCGUCUCGAAAGGCUCCUCGAACGGCCAGUUUGACUUCUCCUGGGAAACGCAAAGCGUCGGAAAUGACAUCGAAUUCCACGCCUAAAACUCCUUCGCUCUUUACGCCCAAGACUUCGACGCUGUUUUCACCUCGCACGGCGGACAGCAGUUCACGUUACGCCCCUCCUCCGUCGGCAGAAGUGUCGCUGACGCCCACACCGACCAAGUACAGAGACGUGCUCUCGACGGAGUCCUAUUCGGAAAGCUCCGACCUUUCUCGCUCGACGCUCUCCCUACUAGACAAGCAUAGUGUUGUGCUGCCAAAGGCAGCGCAGGACGAGAUGCUCGCGCUACUGAAUAAACACGACCUGCGGACGAGGGGGAUUUCGCGGGGGCGAGACAUCUCCCGUGUGGCGCUGAAGAAGAAAGACGAGGAAAUCAAGGUGCUGAAUGAGAAGAUCGAGGAUCUGAAAACACAACUGGACAUGAGUAGGACGGUCGUGAGGGAACUCCCUGAGAUGUUUCGGCCGCCGGUGAACCGCGCAAUGCGCGUCCUCGACCGUUCGGCCUUCCGCAAGGCGAUUCCUCUUGCGGCUGCGACUGUGUUCAAGACGUCGGACAUCUCGAGGGUGCGCAAGGAGCUGAUGCGAGGCAGGGAUGCUCUAAUCAUCCCCCGGCUCAAUAACAUCCAGGAGAUCAAGGAGAAGGAGGAUGGGGGCGGCGAGAUUCUGAGAAAGUGUGUUCUUCUUCGGGAAGAUAUUAAACAUGAUGACUCCACUACGUGGUCGCCGAACGUCAGCGAGUUGGUGGAAAAGGGGACAGUCAGCAUGAGGCCGUACACUCUGGAGUUGGAUUAUAAUUAUUGGACUUAUUCGGAAAUUAUCCAUUCCAUCAUUCCCGAAGAGCUUCUGUCAGACGUCCCUGCGGGUUAUGCGCAGGUCGGACAUGUGGCGCAUCUGAAUCUUCGCGAACAAUAUCUUCCCUUUAGGUUUCUGAUUGCGGAGAUCCUCAACGACAAGGUUCCCACUGUGCGAACGGUCAUCAAUAAGACGCAGGAUGUGGGAUCCCACAGCGAGUUCCGGACCUUUCCCUUUGAAUUCCUUGCCGGCGACAAGGACAUGAACGUGGUGCAACAUGAGCAAAACUGCGAGUUCCGGUUCGAUUACUCGCGCGUCUACUGGAACACCCGCCUGGACACGGAGCACCGCCGUCUGGUCGACAAGUUCCAGGCGGGCCAAAUGGUCGGCGACGUCAUGGCCGGCGUCGGUCCCUUCGCCAUGCCGGCGGGGAAGAAGAAGAUCUUCGUCUGGGCCAACGAUCUCAACCCGCACGGAUACGAGGUGAUGGUAGACGCAGCCGAGCGGAACAAAGUCAGCGACUUUGUCACCCCUUUCAACCGUGACGGAAGGGAGUUUAUUCGUUCGUCUGCCAAGGAGCUGCUCGAGGCCGACCAAGUCACCGUGGAGAUCAAGCCCAAGUUCCGACAGCGGAAGAAGGUCAAGACGGGCGAGGACACCUCGGCGCCCGUCUCGGUGCCUGAAAACCUCCCGCCCGCGGAGACGUAUGUGAGGCCGAGGAUCUUCGAUCACUACGUGAUGAACCUGCCGGCCACGGCCAUCGAGUUCCUCGAUGCCUUCAUCGGCGUCUACGCUGGCAAGGAAGACCUGUUUGCGCCUCACACAUCCCAGCUCUUGCCCAUGGUCCACGUUUACUGCUUUUCCGGCCACUCCGCGGACGAGAUGGACGACCACAUUGACGUCUGCCAGCGGAUCUCCGAGCGCAUCGGCUACACAAUCACCCCGGAGGACAAGGUCGGGGGGAGCGGGAACGCGGAGAUCGAGCUCGACCUUUUCAACGUCAGGCUCGUCAGCCCGAAUAAACAGAUGUUCUGUGCAAGCUUCCGCUUGCCCAAGGAGGUGGCCUUCAAGAAGCCGUGAGGUCGUUGUCAACCAUCGCAUUCCCGGUCGCAUUCCCGGUGUUAGGACGUUGCAUCUACAGGUCUAGAUUCAACUGAGAGUAUAUAGUAGCAUAUAAUCUCCGUCUCAGU